AUGGGUUACAGAAACAAGAGCUUGGUGACAAAGGAUCAAACUGUUUCUUCAUCAUCGAAUUGUGAAUCACCGAGUGAUGCAAUGCUUGUUUUCACUAUGAAUAUCAUUGGUUUACCAGUUGAUGUUCAUGUUAAAGAUGGUUCUGUGUAUUCUGGAAUCUUCUAUACUGCUUCUGUUCAUGACCGUUUCGGUAUUGUUUUGAAGCAAGCUAGGAUGACCAAGAAGGGAAAUGGCCACAGCAAUGUUGGAAAAGAGGCCUUGAUAGAUACAUUAGUGGUUCAAUCAAAGGAUAUUGUGCAGGUCAUUGCUAAGGGAGAAACACUUCCCGGGGAUGGUGAUAAUGGAAAAAUAACUGGCGAGGAUGAGGAAGCAAUUACACCCAAAGUUUGUUGUUCCGAUAACCGUUCAGUGGAUGCAGAACAGGUUAAUCAAUCAAGACAAGCUGAAGAUAACAACUCAAAAGAGAAGACUGAUGACUGCAGGCAGAAGUUUGAAUUUCAUAGUGAAAAAAACGAUGAAAAGAUUCAAAGCCUUGACUCAGGCCAUAAAAUUGUUACAUGUCUUAGCCAAGUUAAAGCUGAUAAAGCCAAUGAUCAGGGUAGUGAAAGGUCCACUUCACCAGAUUCUACAUCUACACAUUCCACCCUAAGUGAAGAUCUCAGCGAGGCGUCACAUAAUGUUCCAGCAAAAAUUAUUGAAAAAUCUGCUCCAAGGGGUACAGAUUGUACUAGAAAUGCAAAGGAAUUUAAGCUCAACCCAGCGGCCAAGAUUUUCUCCCCGUCUUUUGUAUAUCCUAUUUCAGCACCUUCUGCUAUGCCAACAUCUGCAAACAUGGUAUACAUGCCAAAUAGCCCUCAUGCUCCAAAUAUGGUUUACAUGCCAAAUAGCUCUCCUCCAGUACAUGUUGCUACUCUUCAACCUGAAGUCGGAUUCAAUACUUUUGCUUCUCGACCUUCUGUGCCUGUUAAGGCUUUACAGUAUGGUAAUUUGACAGUUGGAAAUGCUGGCAGUGGUUCUCAAUUUUCACAACCUAUUGUUGGUCAACUGGCACAUAGGACACAACCUCUUCAGUAUGCUGCACAUUAUACUCCAGUUCUAUCUGAACCUGCUUAUUUGCAAUCAAGCUCUCCUGCUGUUAUGGCUGGACGAUCCACCCAGCUAGUCUAUGUUCAACAAGUUUCCCACGAUUUGGUUCAUGGUGUAACGGCUCCAUUCCCAACCCGCCCCCUGAUGAAUCACGUACAAUUUCCAAAGCAUCAAGGAGGAACAUUUAGUCAAGCAAUACCAGUUGUUAUGCCUCCAUCUGUCCUAACAAGCGCGCAACAACAAAACUUUGCAUUUCAAAACCACAUUCCAGUUUUACAACCUGGCUUUUCUCCACCUAGACCUAUUUCAGUCCCAGGAUCAAAUGGUUUCUAUGGCACCAAGUUUUCAUGA